CUGGACAUGGUCAUCCAUUAUUUGGAUGACUUACUGAUCGUGGAGAGGCCCCAGGGUUCCCCCUCGGGGUUGGCAAGCCUGCUUCAGCUAUUCACCAGUCUCGAGGUCCCUGUGGCUUCAGUGACACCCAUCCCCGGGGGGAGGUGGACGAGGUCACGUUCAUCAUGGCUUUCAUAGCCUAUUGCCACACGCACCGGCACCUGUCAGUCAACACCAUCAGGCUGUAUUUGGCCGGCAUUCAGCACCACCGGAUGCUCAGUGACCCCUCUGCCAAAUCCAUUUUUUCCAAUCAGGCCAUCAAAGCCACCCUCAGGGGCAUUCAGAAAGCUAGCACGGUGGUCCAGGUGCGCAGGCAACCGGUGUCAGGUGAGCUUUUCCGCAGAUUGUCCGUAGCCCUAGACGGUCUCCCUUUUGGGCAAUUGGCGAGCAUCAUCACCAAGGCAGCCAUGUACCUAGGGUUCUAUGGGUUCCUUAGGCCCGGGGAGUUCACCUGCGGCACGGUCAAUCGAGCGACCCUGCUCAGGCGACAUCUCACCUGGCACGCGGACCACUUCAUACUGUCCAUCCCAUCAGCCAAGACCAACCAGGCAGGUCCUCCCACCGAGGUAGAGUUUUUCCCUAUGGCCAACUGUUGGUGUCCCAUUAAGGUGCUACAGGAGCUUCUGGCCUCCCUCCAGUCUUCCGCGUUAGACGCACCAUUGCUCCCAGUUAAUGGUAGGCCCCUAUCUUCGGCCCAGUUUGUCUCCAAUAUCCGCACCUUGGCGGCAGGACUGGGGUACAACCCCAGCACGAUAUCCGGACGCUCUUUUCGCAUAGGGGCCGUGUCCGCAGCGUCCAGUCAUCAGGUUCCGGCACACGUCAUCCGCAGGAUGGGUCGAUGGCGGUCAUCCUGCUACGCAAGGUAUAUUCCCAACCCGCGAGUUGAGAUCUCCAGAGCCUUUCGUUCACUGGCUUUAUAGGCAUCACGAUGUUCCAAUAAAUACUUGUACCCUACCCCGGGGCAGUUCUCUUUUUGCCCACUUCUCUAGGCCUUACCUCGUCACUGGCGCCGGGCACACUCCAGCCAGUCAGGUCAGGGCAGCACAUAGGCAUGCCUAUUCUGUUCCUCGGUUAGCUCCUACCACAAAUAUUUAAGGCUGCUUGCAGCCUGUAAUUGUGGGCGGAGCGCCCUCCUGCAUUUAAACCCCCGGCUACAAGCAGGAGGGCGCCCGUUCAUUGCCCCUCCCUCCCAUCCCCUUUCUCAGUCAUUCCUCCUGGGUGGCCCACUUCUCUAGGCCUUACCUCAUCACUGGCGCCGGGCACACUCCAGCCAGUCAGGUCAGGGCAGCACAUAGGCAUGCCUAUUC